GGCGAGGAAGUACUUUAGAGAGGAGACGCAUCAUCUGUGCAGUGGUGGAAGCAACAUCUCCCGGUUACAGUCCGGCAGGCAGCGCGGCGGACACGCAUUUUUUGUCUGAAACAGAAUUCGGGGUCUGAGGCUGUUGUUCUGUGACGCGGCGAUGUGGAUUUACAAGAUCGUUCUCGGACUCGUCAUCAUCUCUUGUUCUGAGGGCAGAAGAAAUGCGCUCCAGGACUACCAGAAGACUGACGGCACGCGACUGGUUGUGACGUCUCCCGAUGCCUCCCAGCUGACCAAAAGCAAGAAGCUGAGCAUGGCCAAGUGUGCUAAAGCCUGCAGCCGCAACAGGAGGCUCCCCUUCACCUGCAGAGCGUUCCUCUAUGAUCAUAAAAACAGGAAAUGCCAGUGGCUGUCGUUCGACAGGAACUCACCAGGAGCUCAGAGCCAGCAGGACUUCAACUACCAACUCUACCAGAAGAAAGACUAUGUUAGGGAGUGCAUUGUGGGUACGGGUCAGAGCUACAGGGGGCGGAGGUCGGUGACAGUGAGCGGGAUCCUGUGCCAGGCUUGGUCCUCUCCCAUCCCUCAUGAACACAAAUUCAUGUCGAAGAGGUUCAGGAAGAAGGACCUCAGAGAAAACUACUGUCGCAACCCAGACAACUCCACUGUCGGCCCGUGGUGCUUCACCACUGACCCCCGGCCACACCUCAGACACCAGGAGUGCGGCAUACCACAGUGUUCACAAGUCGAGUGUAUGAACUGUAAUGGGGAAGAUUACAGAGGGCCAAUGGACCACACAGAAAGUGGAAAGGAAUGCCAGCGCUGGGACCUGGAUGAUCCACACAAACACCUGUAUCACCCAAAGAGGUUUCCUGACAAAGGCCUGGACGACAACUACUGUAGGAACCCAGACGGGCGCCACAGACCCUGGUGCUUUACGACGGACCCAAACACACCCUGGGAGUACUGCGACAUCAAAGUUUGUGAAACGCCUCCUAAAAGUAAUGUGGUGGAAACGACCGAGUGUUACCAGGGCGGAGGAGAGGGUUACAGAGGGACAGUGGAUCUGGUGCCCACUGGACUCAGCUGCCAACGCUGGGACUCUCAGUAUCCCCAUAACCACACAUUCAUACCUCAAGCCUACCCCUGCAAAGACCUGAGAGAAAACUACUGUCGGAAUCCAGAUGGCCAAGAAUCCCCCUGGUGCUUCACGAUGGACCCAAGAGUCCGCACGAUGUUCUGCACCAACAUCCCUCAGUGCGGCACCCAAAACAAGCCCAGCGACUGCUACGAGGGCUUUGGAGAAAAUUACCAAGGAGAGCAGUCAAGGACUAGAUCAAACCUGCCCUGUGCUCCCUGGAGAGACCACAGCAACAGUGGCGAGAGGGGCGUGCAGAUCGCCAGCUUGGAGGGAAGCUACUGCCGCAACCCUGACAAAGACAAACACGGUCCCUGGUGUUACACCAACAACUCUGCCAUUCCCUGGGACUACUGCCAUGUAAAACCAUGUGAUGCUUCGCAGAACUCCAUUCCGCUGGGUGAGCUGUCAUCCGUUGGAUGUUUUGUCCAUAAGAGAACCAGGAUAGUGGGAGGAGGUCCGGUGGGCAUAUCAGACGGCAGCUGGAUGGUCAGCAUACAGAAAGGGUCCAUGCACUGGUGUGGGGGUUCACUAAUACGAGAGGAGUGGGUGCUCACUGACAGACAGUGCUUCUCUUCCUGUGUGCCGGACCUCAGCGAGUAUCGGGUGUGGCUGGGAGUCUCUGAUAUUCGAGAGGGAGCUCCCGACUGGUCCAACAGACAGGAAGUCAGCAUAGCUCAUGUGAUAUGUGGUCCUGAGGGCUCCAGUUUAGCCCUCAUAAGGCUGUCUAAGCCCGCGCUCCCCGCAGACAAUGUCCACACGAUUCAGCUACCUGUGGCUGGGUGCUCCAUCCCAGAAGGACGAUUUUGUAAAAUGUAUGGAUGGGGAGAGACCAAAGGCACCGGCCACGAUGAUGUCCUGAAGGCGGUCGACCUGCCCAUCGUCAGUAAUGAGAGGUGCAGAGAGAUGCACAGAGGGAACCUCCACAUCACCAGCACCAAGAUCUGUGCAGGAGGCAAGAGGAACGAGGGAGUGUGUGAGAGGGAUUACGGCGGCCCUCUAGUGUGUCAGGACGGUGACAUCAAGGUUAUUGUGGGAGUGAGCGUCCAUGGCAGAGGCUGCGCUCGGGCCAACCAGCCUGGCAUCUUCAUAAACGUGCCCUUCUAUACACAGUGGAUCUACAAGGUCUUCAAAUAUUACCCCAACCCUGAAACCAUCUAGAGACUCAGUAGAGAAUAAAACAGAACCCGCGGACUAAACCAAACCCACAGCCUCUACUUCUGUAAAAUCCAGCAGUGCACUCAGGACACCUGGUAUCUAUGUUGUUCAUACCUACAUAGUCCCACAGAUCAAUAAGAAUCUGAUCUGCGGAUGCACCACUAACAGAUGAAUGGAUGGGGGGUAACACUGUGAACAAACCAUUAAUCAGAC